GCCGCCAAUCCAUAGCGCAAUCGGCAAAGUUGCCAUGUCAUCGCCCGAGACGAACUCGAAGCGUGCGCGCUCGGACGAGCCCGAAGCGUCGACGAAGAAGGUCAAGAUCUCGCGCACGUACGAAGAACUUGCGGCCCUCUGCAAGCAAGACCCCCGCUUCCACGAUCGCUAUGAGGCCCGGCCCCGGACCUGGGUCUCGACCUCAACGAUGAAGAAGAGCUCCAAGGCGCAGUACAAGCGCGUUGUCGCGCUCGAUUGCGAAAUGUGCGUGACGUUGAGCGAGAGGAGAGACGAUCGCGAUUCGCAUGCCUUGGUGCGCGUGACGCUCAUUGACGGCGAAGACCCGGACGUGAUUCUGGUCGACCUCAUUGUGCACCAGCCGCCGCCCGGACGCAUCAUCUACGACUACAAGACCGACAUCCACGGCCUUUCGGGCGAGCUCAUUUUUGGCUCCAAGAUUGACGUCGCCCGCGCCCGCAAAGAAGUGCUCAAGCACUUGGGCCCGGACACGGUCCUCGUCGGCCACAGUGUCGACGGCGAUUUGGCAAGUAUGAUGAUCCACCACUCCAACUGUCUCGACACGGCGCUCCUCUAUAAGCGCAUGGACGUGCCCGAAAUCAAGAGUACGCCGGGCCUGCGCGAACUCACGGUGCAGCUGCUCAAGAUCGAGAUGCCGCCGGUCCACGACUCGUUCUUGGAUGCCAAGAUGACGAUGCUGGCGGCCCAGUACGCGCUCACCAAUCCGAUUGGUCCCGUCAUCGUGUACAAAGCGCCCGCGACGACUUGGGGGCCGCCGCCCUCGGAGCCGAGUGCCAACGAGCCGGGAGCGAAACCGUUGACCAUGCCGCCGCGCAUCAAGUCGUCCGCCAAGCCGGCCGCACGGGCGCCGGUGAUGGCGCUCCCGCGCCCUGGCCAAGACGACGGUCCUGCCGCCCAGUGGGUCAUUCACCGCAUCCCCAAGGGAAUUUUCAACUCGGACAUUCAGUCCUUCGUGACCAAGACGACGUCCGUCGUGCCCGAAAUGGUCGAGAACGUUGUCUUCAAGUCGCAGUGGGGGUCGUGCUCCGUCAACUUUCCGUCGGCGAUGCACGCGAACCUCGCGUUCGCGAUGCUGACGGGCGACGAGUCGAAAGACCCACUGGACCGCGUCGUCAAGAAGGUCGAGGUCCCCAACAAGGCUGGCACCAUCUACAAGGGCAUCAAGAUCAUGACGGCCAAGAAAUAAAUCUAUUCAUAUUACAACUACUGUCCGCUGCUCUA